AUGGACAUUUUUCUCAAGAAAGCACCAGUGCAGCUGCAUAGAAGAGUUGCAAAUGCAGUCUGGUACCAGCGCCUCUGCUUCUUCUUGGCUUUGAUUUGCCUGGCUGACACGGCACUGGCAGCUGGUGGCUCCGCGCAGGAAGCGGGAUCUGCAGCUGCACUUGCGGCGCAGGCAGCAGGUGUGGCGAGUGCAGCGGCAGCAGCUUUGGCAGCUGGUCAGGUUGCCCAAAGCUUGCAGCGAGGAGUGUCACCGUUGGGCGUAGCCAGGGGUGCAGUGACUCCAGAACAGCUUUCGGAGCAGCUCGCAGCAUCUUACCUCAGGUCUGGGAGCGCUGACGAUCCUAGCAGUGAAUGGCAGACACCACCACGAGCAACGGUCCCAAACUCCAGCAGCGAAGGGACUCCUGUGACGAGUCGCAAGGUUUCAUGCCAGUUUUGCCAGUGUGAAAUAGAUGAGAGGUACUUGGGGCAGCAUCAGAAUCGAAACGCAGCUUGCCUCACUAAUCAAGUUGCACUCUUCCGCAAACAGCAGCAAGCGCAGACGGAGACGGGGGCUGUAGGCACGUCGCGGAAGCGUGCACGAAGCGGUCCUGGCUUUGAGGAAACUGCGAGGGAGGAUGUAGACUUUGGGGGGCAGACUUGGGACCCUAUCCAGGAUCCUAUAGAACUGAGCAGCCCUGAGUUCGUGCGUCGAGUCAACGUCCUUCGGAAAGCAGUCUCUCCACUUGAGAAUGCAGAAGCUCUUGACGUAGACAGCAAGUUUUCAGAAUGGGCAACAAAUGCAAAUGGCUUCAAAGGCCUGAGCGCAGCAGACUUCGAUUCUCUGGUUGCGUUGCUGCACCAUCCAGAAUUUGAUCCCAGGAAGCUCUCGUUCCGUAACCAUCAAGACUGGAAGGCGUACUGGAAGGAGCUCAACCCGGAUGAUGGCUGGUCAUCCCAGGUUGUGAGCGAGCCUGAUGAUCCCUGCACACUUGUCUUCUUCCUUCGAGACCCUGUUCGUUUGCUCGUUGAGCUUUUUGAAGCUGCGGAGAACGCGGAUGGCUUUGCUCUCCGUCCAGUCCUUCUCUACAACGAUCAAGCACAGCGCAUCUACUCAACGCCGCAGAGUGCGGAUUGGUGGCACUCGAUGCAGGAUCACAUCAACAAGCAGUGUGCUGACGCCGUCAUUGCCGCUAUGAUACUGUACAGUGAUGCAACCACAUUGUCCAAUGACAGGCGCACAAGCGGCUGGCCUCUCGUCUUGUCGCUGGCCAAUAUCUCCUUUGAGAAUCGAAGCAAGAAGCCAAGUCAUGGCUUGAUGGCUCUGUUCCCAAUUGUGCACGCCCUCCCAGGACAUCAAGGUAUGACAUCUACACAAGUCUAA